AUGCCACCCUCGCCGGCGCUGCCGCUCUGGCCGGGCGUCCCUCCGCACGACCGCGCUCCGGCGGACGCCCUCGUCAGCCGCAUCGGCGGCGCGGUUCUGGGCGGCCCAUCGCCGCCGGCUCUGACUCCGUGGCUCCUGCAGCCGAGCUCGCAGCCUCGCCCCCUGGUCGUGGUCAUGCCCGGGGGCGGGUAUGUCCGGCUGAGCACGGUCGACGAGGGCGAAACGGUGUGCGAGUGGCUCAACUCAAUCGGAUACCACGCCGCGGUCUUGGUCUAUCGUGUGCUCCGGCUCCACCCGGCGCCGCUGCUGGAUGCCCGGCGCGCCAUCCAGCUCGUUCGUCAGCAUGCACACGAAUGGGGUGUCUCGGGCGUCGGCGUGAUCGGCUUCAGUGCUGGAGGCCACCUCGCUGGCCACGUCGCUCUCUCCUGGGACGCAGCUCUGGCGCGCCGGCUCGAUUCGCAGAUGCGUGAGGAGGGCGAUCGACCCGCCUCGAAGCUGGCGCGGCCAGACGCGGCGCUGCUGGCGUACCCUGUGGUGUCAGCUCACAACACGAGUGUUGUGCGCGCGGGAGGAGGGAGCUGGCGCUGCAGCAGCUUCGCGUGCAUUGGGCCCAAGGCGGCGGGGCGGCGCGCCAAGUUGAGCGGGAGGCCAUCCGAGAGGCCCCUUCGCCACCACGGUUCGAUCGCCACACUGCUCGACUGGGGCGCGGACGCGUCGCCACUGGGCAACGAGAGCGAUGAUGACUCUGUCGUGCCCAGCGAGAAUAGCGAGGUGCUCGUGCGGGCGCUGCGCGCGCGCUCCUUUCCGGUGGAAUAUCACCUGUUUCAAGGGAAGCAUCUCAAGCACGGGCUCGGCAUGGCCUCCAACCUUGCGGCGCGCCGCGACGUGGAGACUGGGCGGUGGCCCAAGCUCGCGGAGGGGUGGCUACGGCGGGCGGCUCACGCCGCGGCGCGUCUCGCCUACUGGUCGGAUACGUACCGUGCUGAGGUGCCUUCGCCCACCGUGCUCCGGGGCGUGCUCAGCGCCGAGGAGGUCGCAGCCUGCUGCGCGCUCGCCUCCGCCUCUGGCCGUCGCUCAGAGCCUACCACUGCCUGGAGAAUCCCGCCGCCUGUGUGCCCAGCGCUGGCCGACGCUUGCUUUGACGUCGUCUACACCGCCGAACACGUGGCGCUCUUCCUGCACCGUGACGGCCUGUUUGCAGACAGGUGCAAGCACCUCCUUGCCAAGGUGGUGCGCGCGAUGCGAGAGGGCGGGCGCGUCGACCCGGCCACAGAGCUGCAGGUGCGCUGCGUCGAGCUGCACUCGUACUCCGAGGGAGGAGCGCUCGACGCGCCGCUGCACCGCGACUCUGGCUCGCUGCUCACCUUGUCGGUGCAGCUCUGCGAGGCGGGCCGCUUCGAGGGAGGCGACUUUGUCACCUUCCGAGAGGGCGAGCCGGAGAGGCACCGCCUCGAGCUAGGCGACGGAGUGCUGCUGAGCUCGAUGGAGCUGCACAAUGUCACCCGGGUCACCCGCGGGACUCGCGUCUCCCUCGUCGUUGAGCUCUGGUCCGAGCCGGCCAACAGCCACGACCGGUUCGAGUAACUAACUCACUUAUUGAUUGACGUGCACGCGCUGCUCAAACCGCACUUAUGCCGCGGUUGACUGUCACUCUCUCGCCAGCUCGCACUGAGACUGACCCUCAACAGUCCACACACAGUUUUUAUAUGGGGUUUU